AUGCCUCUCGGAAUACACAACCCACUGCCGUCGUCGUUAUCAAGCGAAUGCAAGAAGGCGGGCAAGAUUCUUGCAUCUUUUAUUGAUCCAAGGCAAGCCUUCGGUCCUGAUAAGAUUAUUCCUCCUGAGAUACUCGCUGGUGCGAAGGGUCUCGCUAUUCUUACUGUCCUGAAAGCUGGCUUUCUCGGUUCUGCUCGGUUUGGCUCAGGGGUUGUAGUCGCUCGUUUGGCCGAUGGCACAUGGUCGGCACCUUCGGCUAUUGCGACCGCCGGUGCUGGGUUCGGAGGCCAAAUUGGAUUUGAAUUGACUGAUUUUGUGUUCAUUUUGAAUGAUGCAGCAGCAGUGCGGACAUUCUCGCAGGUUGGAACCUUGACUUUGGGUGGAAACGUGUCAAUCGCCGCAGGGCCGGUGGGACGAAAUGCGGAGGCUGCGGGCGCGGCAAGCACAAAGGGCGUCGCAGCGGUGUUCUCCUACUCGAAAACAAAAGGUCUAUUUGCUGGUGUCAGCUUGGAAGGAAGCAUGCUGGUCGAACGGAAGGACGCCAACGAGAAGAUGUAUAACAGUCGAGUCUCAGCACGUCAACUCCUUAGCGGUACUAUCCGACCUCCCCCCGCUGCGGAUCCUCUUCUCCGGGUGCUGAAUUCCCGCGCGUUCUACGGCAAUGGCAGAAACGGAGACACCAUGUACAAUGAUAUUCCAAUUUAUGACGACAGACAUGACGACGUUGUUUGGGAAGGCCGACGGGGUGAGGCAUACGGUGAGGGGCAACGGCGUGACCGCGGCGGUUUCAAUGGUACCGAUGACUACGAGUAUCGCGACCAACCUCGUCGCGCGAAUACGUGGGCAGACGACGUUUACGAUCGGCCCGCCGGAGGUUUGGGCCGUUCCUCUACUAUCGGUCAAGCCGAUACUUUUGAUAGAUACGGCGGCCGCAGUCGGAGCAACACCGCUCCAUUUGAGGAAGAUUACGUCUAUUCCGACCGUAAGCCCAGCCGGCCAACGGCACCCAAACCUGUCUUUGGGCAGCGCACAGGGCAAAGUGCUCCUCUGCGGGCAGAUCAAGCCGUCGCAUUGUACACAUUUGAAGCUGAUCAGGAAGGAGACUUGGGCUUCAAGAAGGGAGACAUUAUCACGAUCUUGAAGCGCACGGACAAGGCGGAAGAUUGGUGGACAGGGCGCAUUGGCGACCGGGUCGGCAUCUUUCCCAGCAAUUAUGUCGAUGCAGCUUGA